AUGAUAAGACCGUAUUCUGYCAUUCUGGUGGCUGGCAGUCGUAAUGAAGCAACUGUUUAUUCAAUACAAAAAGAAAGAAAASAGUUAAAAAGAACAUCUAUUGAUGACAUAUUAAAAACCAGAACUUAUGAUUUACAUAUAACAUAUGAUAAAUUUUAUCAAACUCCAAGAUUGUGGAUUUAUGGUUAUAAUGAAAGUAAAAAACCAUUAAGUGUUGAAGAAAUGUACGAAGAUGUGAGCCAGGAUUAUGCAAAGAAAACUAUUACCAUGCUUUCUCACCCUCAUGUUCCUGGUCCGUUAAUGGCUUCCAUACAUCCCUGCAAGCACGCAGAAGUUAUGAAAAAACUUAUAAAAAUUAUGAAAAAACGAAGUAAAAAUUUAAAAGUACACAUGUACUUAAUCAUAUUUUUGAAAUUUGUACAGUCAGUGAUACCAACCAUAGAUUAUGAUUAUACACAGAAUAUUAAUUUAUAGCAAUAAUUAAGUUGAAAACACAUAUAUAAAAAUGUCAGA